GAAGGGAUUAAGCUCCGAAGUGCUCGCCUCGAGGCAGUUUUUUCCUCGAGUUUGAGGCAGCAGUUGAAUUAAAUCCUGGGCGUAUGAUUUUUAUUUAUAAUUCUCCCGUUGACUGAUGUGAUAGAAUAGUAUUGUCGUUCAUUCUAAAUUUAUUUAACUGUUUUGCCACCAAAUCUCAGAUCAACAGUUGCAAAAAACGUAAGGUAAAAAAAACGGGUAACACCACCAUCCAAACGGCUCCUUUGCCUUCAUCCCCAGUCGUUGUCCUUUGAAAAAUCGAUUCCAGUUAUCCUGCAAGACUAUGCUGUCAAAUUUCCGAGCUUUUGCUAUCCUGCUGCAGGGAGAAGUAUUUUAAGUGACUUGACGUGUGGUCCGGGUGUAAUGAAUUGCGAGUAGUAGACUCGUGUUCGCCAGGAUCCUCGUAUGAGCCAAGAUGAUUGUCACCUCUGCAUCUGGCCUGGAUAGCACUCCGACGCUCGGCACCGUAGAGGUGACCACGCUGCUGGGCGCCUUUUUCGGAGUCCUCGUUCUACUGCUCCUGUUGUUUCUCUUCAUCAGUCGCAGGUGCUGCUUCCACUACCGCCAUGCAAUCAACUGCUGUGACGAGCGCCACCUGGCAGUCAAGUGUGUGCAGAAGAUCACUCGCAAGAGGCGUUACGAGAACAGCAGCUCCGAUUCGGAGGAGGACAUAUUGCGGCGCCUUCGGUGGCACCAGCAGCACCAGCUGGGCGAGAAGCCUGGCGGAUACGGGCUGGGAAUAAGCCAGGCUAAUCCGCUGACGGCGCAGAGCUUCAACUACCACCAGGCAGGCGCUGGUGCCGACCUGCAGAGGGUGACAGUAACGCGUGACCCCUUAGCUAUCGCCGAACGUGGCAAGGUUGGAAUCCCGUCGUCGCACAGUGAGUGCAGCUCGAACGACUCCAUGGAGGUCUCAGUGGACAGUCACAUAGGCAUCCUGACGGGCCUGAGUAAAGGCACAACCACAGUCCCCCACCCGGCAACAGCCUUCCGCAACCCGUGUGCAGAACAACGGCCCACAACCCAGGCUUUGAAGUACCAGCACCGGGUCGACGUGGCUGCUCCUUCCAAACUGGACAAGGAACGGGACAACGUGCUGGUGGUGCCCAUGGUCAAUGGCUACAGCAUUAACAACAACAACUCUAUUACGACCAGCAAUAUCAAUCCCAGCAGCAACAACAACGAUGACGAACCCCUGUUUGACACCAGCGACUUGCGUUCGGUCAAGUCGGAUGACCUUCUGGUGGGGGUAGAUCACAAGGAGUCGCCCGUUCAGAGGGGUCCCAUCGAGCUGGAGUUGUCGCUGCUGUACGACGCCCCUAUGCGGAAAAUGACAGUGCACGUGAUGCAGGCCAAAAACCUUCCGCCCCUAGGUAGUGGACAGUCUACCCAUACGCAGGUCCGGAUGUUAAUGCUGCCGAGCAAGAAGCAGAAGCUCAAAACCAAGAUCCGCAGCGGCGAAACACCACAGUAUAUGGAAAGCUUCCUGCUGCACCGCGUCAACCCAGAAGAUGUGAACAACAUGGGGCUACGUGUGCGGCUUUACGGCUGCGAGCGGCUGCGUAAGGAACGCCUGAUUGGGGAGGCGUAUGUGAGCUUCGCCACUGUAGACCUUGAGCUGGAGACAAACCUAUGGCUGCCACUGGAGCCCCGCAACACGUCUUCAGGCCUGGGCUCUACCAGCGAUCUGUUAAGCCUGGCUCGGUCAGAAAGCGCGGGCUCCACCUCGUCCAUGCAGCAUGGGGGCGUCUCAGAGUUGCUGCUGGGUUUGAGCUACAACGGGGUCACCGGGCGGCUGAGCGUGGAGAUUAUUAAGGGAAGCCACUUCCGUAACUUGUCGCUGAACAAGGCGCCCGACACGUACGUUAAAAUGGUCAUGGUCAGCAGCAUCGGACAAGAGAUCUCCCGGGCCAAAACGUCAAUCCGCCGGGGUCAGCCCAACCCGCUUUUUAAGGAGACAUUUGCCUUUCAGGUAGCCCUGUUUCAGCUCAACGAUGUUACGCUGAUGAUCUCCGUGUACGCCAAACGGCACAUGAGGAAAAACGAGAUGGUCGGCUGGUUCAGCCUGGGACUGAACUCGUCCGGAUCUGAGGAAGUGGCCCAUUGGGCAGACGUGUGUGAGAUGCCCAAAGGCGAGAUGCUGGCGCGUUGGCAUGUGCUGGUGGACUCCUGAUUCGAACAGCUGGGCCAUUCCUUCGGACGCAGCGGAAAGGCCCUCCGAAAGCUGGGUUUCGCUGCAUUCAAGGACCGGUCCCGCGAGAAGGGUUCGAAGGAGUCCCCUCUGGAGGAGGACGGAGCUCAAUUCCUUGCUGAUGACGUGGUCGCACUUGAUAUUGAGCCAGGCCUGGAGCUUGACUUUGUCUAAAGCAGAGGUCGGUGUUUGUGAUUUGUUUUUACAAGGGUCGAAGCCAAAAGACGGCUGCCGUUGACGAGUGCUUGGCCCGGGAUGAGACCAAGGUAGGGCCAUCCGAACAAUCUAGCCCAACUGGGCAAUAAAAUAUUUGUAAUUUGAAAUCAAUUUUAUUCAUAAAAUGUAUGAAAUAUGAAAACUUAAAAGAAAUCACCUAGAAUAUUCAAAUUUUA